AAUGCAGCCUCCGGAUAAAUGGUUUCCAGUUUGCAAAGAGUUAAAUAAAGUUCGUUCAGAGCCAUCGAUGUGUCUGCUUGGGGGGGGGAUAUAUACGGCUGUGAUUAUAAUCGAAGAGAAUUCUCUUGGUAGAUAAUGCGGUCUACAUUUGAUUGUGAGGAAUUCUAAAUCAGGUGAACAGAAGGAUUUGAGCUCCUGUAUGUUUCCUUCAUCACACCAUGUCUCGUUAGUCAUGAGGCAUACGCCCCCGCCACUCUUCUUACCAGAAAGAUGUUUGUUUCUGUCGGCGCGAUGCUUGGAGAAACCCGUUGGCUGCACCGCCCCGGAUAGCGUCUCUCCAGUGAGCCAUGUUUCCGUGAAGCAGAGAACGUUACAGUCUCUGAUGUCCCUCUGGAAUGCUACCCGUGCUCGGAUUUCAUCAACCUUGUUGUCAAGAGACUGGACAUUGGCAAGAAGAAUGCUAGGGAGUGGUGCACGAUGUGCCCGUGUCCGGAGUCUGAGCAGAAGACCGCUACGUUUCCCUCUUUUACGAAGUCGUUUUUUGGGGUCGCUGCCUGGAAUCAAUUCCGUUGGCCUGUUUGUAAGGCAGAACACAGGAUCCGCGUCGCGGAAAACAUAUUCUUGGUCGUACUGAUGGUGAGUUGACGCUGAUCUUAUAUUCAGUAGUUCUUCUCGACUGUAUGUAAUGAAACCUAAGAUGACCUGUGGUACUAAUGUAAGAAAUAACACGUAAAAAAACAAAAAACUGCAUAGUUUCCUAGGAACGCGAAGCGAGGCGGCCAUCUCUGUCGGCGCCGGAUCCCCUCACCUAUAUGCGUGGGGGAUCCCAGGUAUGUGUCUUUGUAACUAUCUAGUCCUAAUCUACAUUGCCAGAGUCAUGUGAUCUUGAUGGAAAUAUGUUACAUCGAUGGCUGAUUUUGUUUUGUUGAUGUUACUUGUCGUUUCUCUCCACAGCAGGUGGUGGUGAGGAUGCACCAUGUGAGUAGGGUUCGAGGCCUGGAGACUCAACUGGUGUGGGCCAUCUCCAGGGAGACAGCCAGACUUAGUUCAGAGGGCAUCCCCUACUGUGCCACCAAGGUUCAGUCCGUCACUUGGAUCCUGUAUGUGGCUGGCAGGGUGACCCAGUAUGCUUCUCACCUCCGCCAUUACCUGCUACCAGCAGACUGAUGUCUCGGUGGUGUAUGCCACUCUCCACAUGGGGCCGGAUGGGCUGCUCUCCUCCUCGGCGUGGUCGGAGGCUGCCUCCGUGUCUACGCCCACCAAUCAGCAGUUCACUGAGCCAGAGCCUGAAUGCCACAACUGCUAUGAGGGCUGGGAGGACGACCUGCUGCCUGAGGAGAGGGAGGUUCCUCUGCUAAACCUCUACCUUACCACCAAGAGAGUGGAGGACAUCGCCCUGAGGCUCGUCUCCCUGCGCCAGGCCUUCACUACCCUGCUUGGUUCCACCCUGAGCAGGAACCAUCUGUUUGUGGCAGGAAAGGUCCUAAUGGGCGCACUGGUUCAAGCCCACCACAUGGACGAGGCCGAAUUCAUCCGUGCCUAUAACGACUUUGUGGACUACCUGAGUGACCCCUCCAAGCAGAUUGACAUUGAGAGGGAGCUGGCUGAGGCAAAGAUCCAUCAUGUUAACCUGAUAGAUGUCCUUUUUGAACUGGUGCUAUUUGGGAUGAUGACAGCUCAGAAGUCCCUGAUGGUGCACCCUGGUGGGUUCAUGGAGCGUCUGUACGCUCUCCUGUACUCCUUCCUGCCCGUAGCUGCCAGCAUUGAGCCAAAGGCCGAGCGAUACCUGCUGCUGCUCAAUGAUUCUUGCGACACUUUGCCACCACACAGGGGUCUAGACACAAAUGCACUACAUUACUUUGCACUGAAUUUUACAUUUCCACCAGAGAUCGAGGCAGGGAUGGCCACCAGAGAUCGAGGCAGGGAUGGGCACCAGAGAUCGAGGCAGGGAUGGCCACCAGAGAUUGAGGCAGGGAUGGCCACCAGAGAUCGAGGCAGGGAUGGCCACAAGAGAUCGAGGCAGGGAUGGGCACCAGAGAUCGAGGCAGGGAUGGCCACCAGUUCCAGCUGA